AUGGCCUCAAGUCACAAGACCUUCUCCGCCUCGUCGUCCCUUCCUUCGCCUUCGUCCGCGAUCGUGCUUAGCCCUUGCGCGGCCUGUAAGCUCCUACGUCGACGAUGCACGGACAAGUGUAUGCUCGCCCCUUACUUUUCGCCCUCGGACCUUCAAAAGUUCACUAAUGUCCAUCGUAUCUUUGGUGCAAGCAAUAUCAUCAAAGUUUUACAGGAAAUUCCCCUGAGUCAACGGGCGGACGCCGUGAGCAGUAUGGCGUACGAGGCCGACGCCCGAAAGAAGGUGGACGAGCUCCGAGCUCAGCUCGCGCGCGCGCAGGCGGAGGCCGUCAACGCCCACGCCCACAACGCCAACCUCGUCGCCCUCCUUCGCCGCCGGCGCACGACGUGCCGCUACUCGGCCACCACCACCAUCGUCGCGGCCUCGCCGCCGGCGACAACUCCACUCUGCUUCCUAGACGAGGAGCCCUCAUUCUUCCUCGACGACGACGACGCCUGCCGUGGUGCCGCUCAGGGAGCGGCGCCGCUUUGGACGUGA